AUGAGUGUGACCCUGGUCCCAGGCACUGAAAAGGAGCCACGCUGUGCUUUGGAGUAUCAAGGUGACAUGGGAACAUACAAGGCCCUUCAUUCUACACCAUGUUUGUGGCGUUCAGGGAGAGGCAGCAGCAACAGGAACAGAAGGCCUGUUGUCAUUACUCAGUAUCUCAAGGACAGCAGCAGAAUGGUUGCUUAUGUUCUCUAUAGUAGCCUCAGUUACCAAGAGAAACUGCAGUUCCAGGAUCAGCUUCUAAUGCAUCUGAAUCAUGGGGAUUUAGGCUGGCAGAUGCCCACUCUUCAGUCACACUGGCUGGAUGGGUGUUCUCAAACUAAUGGAGAGCCUGUCUGUUCUCAACUUAAGCAUGUACCUCAGCAAAUAGUGGUCAGGUCACUGCCAGUGCCUCUUGGGCAAGAUAUAUAGCAAGAAGCUUCAAACAACCAAAUUCCCAAAUGCAGUAGGUUCGCGAUGAAGGGUUUACAAAGGUCCACUGCUGGGACCAAGAAUGUGGUUCCAGUGGACCCAGAGAGUGUCGUACUGAGUGAAGUAAGUCAGAGGAGGAGCAAUAUCAUAUGACAUCCCUUGUAUGUGGAAUCUAAAAAAAAAAAUGAUACACAUGAACUUAUUACCAAACAGAAACAAACUCACAGACUAAGAACAAAUUUAUGUUUGUCAGUGGGGAAGGAUGAGGGAAAAGGAUGGUUGGGGAGUUUGGAAUUGACCUGUACACAGUUAUAUUUAAAAUGGAUAACCAACAAGGACCUACUUGUAUAGCACAGGGAACUCUAUUCAAUGUUAUGUGGCAGCCUGGAUGGCAGGGGAGU